AUGAUCAUUUCCCCUCCAAAACUUGGACCCUUCAAAAAAUUCGAUAUUUCCUCCUUUUCUAUUCUCAUUGGCCACUGCCUCUCUCUCAACUCCCUUCCCUCCGCCCAAACCCUCCAUUCCAACCUCAUCAAAACCGGCCUCCACCGCCACACCUUCCUCGCCAACCGCCUCCUCGACCUCUACUCUCGCCUCGGCUCCACCACCUCCGCCUUCCGAGUCUUCGACGAAAUCCCCUCCAAGAACGCCUUCUCGUUCAACAUUCUUCUCGCUCUGCUCUCCAAGACCGGCCGCAUUCACGAAGCCCGCCAGCUCUUCGAAGAAAUGCCCCUGCGGGAUACUGUCAGCUGGAAUUCCAUCAUCUCCGGGUGCAUCUCCAAUGGCUUGUUCGAUGAGGCCUCUGAACUGCUCUACGAAAUGCAAGAACUCGGCGCGAGGUUCAGCGAGUACACGCUGUCCCUCGCUGCCUCCUGUGUCUCCGAUGCUCGGCACGCCAAACAAGUGCACGGGUUUCUCAUCCGUAGCGGCUCGAAUUCAUCGAACACCGUGGUUGGCAAUGCACUUAUUGAUAUGUAUGGAAGGGUUGGAGUCGUCGGUUACGCUUGCGGUGUCUUUCGAGCCAUGGAGGACCUCGAUGUCAUCUCUUGGAAUUCGAUGAUCUCGGUUUACGGCAACUCAGGUCAUGGUGAGAAGGCAUUGGAGUGUUUCCGUUCGAUGAGAGCUCAUGGGUUUCCAAUUGAUGAGUUCACGGUGUCGUCGGUGAUCCAUGUUUGCGCCGACCUUGGGCAUUUGGCCAAGGGUGAGCAACUUUUGGCCCAGUGCUUCAAGAUGGGAUUCCUUUCGAAUUAUGUAGUUUCUAGUGCUGUUAUUGACCUGUAUUCCAUGUGUGGCAGACUGGACAAUUCAAUCCGGCUCUUCCAAGAAAUGGACAGAUGGGAUUCGGCGCUCUUCAACUCCAUGGCAUCAACCUAUGCACGAAGCGGGCUUGUGCAUGAAGCUCUGAGGCUCUUUGUGCUGGCUCUGAGGAAGGAAAUCAGGCCGACGGGAUUCACCUUUGCAAGUAUUCUGCGUUCAAGUUCCUGUUUUGGGUUGACCGAGCAGGGAACGCAGAUCCACUGUUUGGUUUUUAAAUUGGGUUUUGAGGCAGAUUUGAUUGUUUCUAGUGCUCUUGCAGACAUGUAUACUAAGUUAGGAUCGACGGAAUCAGCUAUGAAAAUUUUCUCAGCAAUGGCUACCAAGGACUUGGUCUUCUGGAAUACCAUGAUCAUGGGCUUAGCUCGAAAUGGGCAAGGCACAGAAGCUCUAAGAAUCUUCAAAGAAAUGCAAGAGAGUGGUAAUAAACCUGAUAGAAUUACUCUUGUCGGUGUUUUAUCUGCUUGCAGUCAUGAAGGCAUGGUCCAUGAAGGAAAGAGAGUAUUUUCAUCCAUGGAGAAGAGAUAUCGGGUGGUACGAGGUCUGGAGCACUAUAACUGCAUGGUGGACAUGAUGGGCCGUGCAGGGAGGCUGAGAGAGGCAAUGGAGAUUAUAGAGACUAUGCCUCGCAAGCCUAUUGCAGCAACAUGGGAAUUGCUUCUUGAAGCUUGCAGGAUUCACAGGAAUGUGCGGCUGGAAGAAAUAGUUGCAGAGAAAGUGAUGGAGUUGAAGCCUCGCUCGUCACUUCCUUAUUUUGUAUUAGGUCGGAUGUAUGGUACAAGAGGGAGGUGGGACAGCAUGGCUCGAGUGUGGAAGACCAUGCGAGAGAGAGGUGUGAAGAAGGUCAGUGGAUGCAGUUGGAUUUGCAUCAGAAAUCUUGUCUUUGUUUUUAAAUCUGAUCAGAUAUUGCAUUAUGGAGGGGAAGAGACAUACCUGGUGUUGCGUUUGUUGUGUUGGGAGAUGGAGGGUGAGGGAUAUGUUCCUGAACAGCAUGCAGAAUUUGAGGAUCAAGAAGAGUGA